AUGAGUGCAAGAAGAUCAAAGUUUCUUCUAUUGGAUGUGUUUUCCAAAACAGAAGAAGACGUUCGUGUACGUACUAACACUGGUGGUAUCAUCACCAUAGGAUGUAUUCUUACCACAUUGUUGUUGCUAUAUCGUGAAUGGGCUCAAUUGACAGAAGUAGUAACGCGACCACAAUUAUAUGUUGAUAGAGACAGUGAUGCAAAAUUAGCUUUAAAUUUCGAUAUUACCUUUCCUGAAGUCUCUUGUGAUAUAUUAACAUUAGAUAUUGUUGACGAAUCAGGAGAAUUACAAUUAGAUAUAUUAGAUUCAGGUUUUACAAAGACUAGAUGUGAUCAAAAUGGUAAAGAAUUAGCAACAGAAGAUUAUAAGAUGGGUACCGAUUUUAAACCAGAUACUUCAAAAUUAAGUCGUGGUGUCGGAUAUUGUGGUUCAUGUUAUGGUGUAUUAGAUCAAAGCGCUAAUGACGCAGUGUCUCCUGAACAUCGUGUCUGUUGUCAAACUUGUGAUGAUGUUCAUGAAGCUUAUUUAGAUGCAGGUUGGGCAUUCCAUGAUGGUCACAAUAUUGAUCAAUGUGAAGAAGAAGGUUAUGUGAAGCAUAUGAAUGAUCACUUGCAUGAAGGUUGCAGAGUGCGUGGUAGUGCUUCAUUAGGUAGAAUUAGAGGUAAUAUUCAUUUUGCACCAGGAAAAUCGUUUAUUACAACAGAUGUUGAAAGAAGAGGGAUCUCUCAUAAUCAUGAUACAUCAUUAUAUUAUGGUCAUAAAGAAUUAAACUUUAAUCAUAUUAUUCAUCAUUUAAGUUUUGGUAAACCGGUUGAUAAAUCUCAUGAAAAAUUAAGACGUAAAGAGGAGGAUCAAUCUGGUAUAUCAACAAAUCCAUUGGAUGGUGAUGAAAUGAGACCUGAUCGUAACGAUGCUCAUUUAUUACAAUACUCGUAUUUUGCAAAGAUUGUUCCAACAAGAUAUGAAUAUCUAAACGAUAAAUAUCCAGCUGUAGAGACAACUCAAUUUAGUGCUACAUUUCAUUCUAGGUCAAUCAAGGGAGGUAUAGAUGAUGAUCACCCAACCACAAUGCAUACUCGUGGUGGUACUCCAGGUGUCUUCAUCUACUACGAAAUGUCAGCAUUGAAAGUCAUCAACAGGGAACAACAUGCACAGACAUGGUCUGGUUUCUUAUUGAAUUGUAUUACUACAAUAGGUGGUGUUCUUGCCGUAGGUACAGUCGCAGACAAAAUAUUCUACAGGGCUCAAAAAUCCAUCUGGGGUAAGAAAACACAAUAG